CAUAGCCUAUACGUUUGUUAUAAGGAUUAUAAAAUAAAUCCUCUUAUAUAAUGAAGACCUCCUAUACUACGAUAAACGUGGAUUUGCUGGUAUUUCAUUAAGGUUUUUAAAACUCUACAACUUUAUUGACAAAUAAUGUCAUCAAUAAACACAUUAAAGAAGAAAGAAAUGAAGAAUGAAGAAAUUAAACGGGUCAAUGGAGUAACUUUAUGCCAUGAUUUCAUCUGGAACAAAAAAACAGUGGAUAAUUAUGUUGUUCACAGACAAUGUAAGAAUUGAGUGUUAUUAUAAAUCCGACACUUGUUCAGUUGUGAAGAGGAAAUUAUGAUGCAAAAUGAGCCUGAUCUGCUUCAGGCGCAUACAUGUUUAUUAUGAAUAUUUGAUUUCCCAAUCCCAAUCAGCUGCCACCAUUUUACCAGCGACUCCUCCUGGUAUACAUGUGUUGAACAACUGACCACACUGCCAGCUCACCUCUGCCCAGAAGAACAAUGAAGUCAGCCAUGCUGAACAAUUGCUGACCCAUGAGUUAUGUCUCGGUGAAUGAGAUGAGCCAACAGGAUAGCUGAGUGAAUACUCACUCUUGACUGACUACAGUCCCCUACACAAGCUAGAGUACAAGCAUGGCGAAUAAAUCAGUCUAUGAUUUUUCUGCUGAGACCCUGGAUGGACAGCUGGUUCCGCUCAGUAACUACAGGGGGAAGGUGCUUCUCAUCGUCAAUGUUGCCACCUUCUGAGGGUCAACAAUAGAGGAGUACCACCGACUGAAUGCACUGAUGGAAAUGUUCAGCAACCUCAGCUUCUCUGUCUUAGGCUUCUCCUGCAACCAGUUUGGUCUUCAGUCACCUGAGGUUAGUCAUGAAACCCUCAAUAUUCUGAAGUAUGUGAGACCUGGCGGAGGGUUUGUGCCAAAGUUUCCUGUCUUUGGUAAGGUUGAGGUGAAUGGAUUAAAUGAAGAGCCUCUUUUCACCUAUUUAAAGGAAUCUUUGCCAUUUGUCAACCCUGUUAUUGGAGAUAUAAAGAAAUUCUACUGGUCACCAAUCAAGGUCAAUGACAUUCGGUGGAAUUUCGAGAAGUUUCUCAUUACUGCGGAUGGCAUGCCCUUCAAAAGGUAUGAACUUCACUGCCCCAUUGACAAAGUGGAGAAGGACAUAGCAGAACUUCUCUGAUUGACUUUCUUCAGUGUAACACCAGUGGCAGAGUGAUGAUCCCCCAGUAAAUGCACAUGUGCACCUGAGCUGGAUCUGAUGGGAAGAGGAAUAGGACUCGGAGCUUCAGUGCAUUCACUCUGAGAAACGUUCCCUUCAGCCACCGGAGGAGUUUUCAUAUCGCCAUCACACUUUUCACUAAUGUGAUGGGGUCAGCUAUUCAAAAUGAAUAAAACACUAUUAAAAAACCUUCAAGAACUUAUGAUUGCUUUUGUUGUCACUCCUGAGAUUAAUAUAUCAUUGUAUUUAAAGCCUUUACUUAAGUAAAAGUGCCAAUAUGGGGCGUCGUGUGGCGUGGUGGUCUGGGCGGGCGCCCCGUGUGUGGAGGCUGCAGUCCUCGCUGCAGUUGGCCCCGGUUCGAGUCCCGCAUCGGACGGCCUUUACUGCAUGUCGUUCCCCCUCUCUCUGCCUCCCCGUUUCCUGUCUCUCUCCACUAUCCUGUCCAGUGAAGGCACGGAAGCCCAAAAAAAUAUAUACUUUAAAAGUGCCAAUAUAGCAAUGUAAAA